AUGUCAGUGAAGACAGAGAGGACUGUCGUGACUGGGAUAGCAUCUGUGGUUCUUGCAGGUCUUAUUGCAGUACUGAAGUUACUUGGCGGUACCUUGGCUGAGCACACAUUUUUAUUUUUUGGUGCUAGAGAAGCUGGAACUGGAAUAGUAGAACUUAUAGCUCUUGAGACGUCAAAACAGACCAAAGCUCCUUUGGAAGCGAUGCAUAAGAAGAUUUGGCUUGUGGACUCAAAGGGAUUAAUCGUUAGUUCUUGUAAGAAUUCCCUUCAACACUUCAAGAAACCUUGGGCUCCCGAACAUGAACCCGUUAAGGAUCUUUUAGAUGCUGGCAAGGCUAUCAAGUCGACAGUUCUAAUUGGUUCACCUAGAGUGGAAAGAACAUUCACAAAAGAGGUGAUCGAGGCCAUGGCCUCCUUCAAUGAGAAACCUCUCAUUAUGGCUCUCUCCAACCCAACCUUGCAAUCUAAGUGCACAGCUAAAGAAGCUUACACCUGGAGUCAAGGACAUGCAAUUUUUGCUAGUGGAAGUCCAUUUGACCCUAUGGAAUACAAUGACAAAGUCUUUGUACCUGGCCAGGCAAAUAAUGCAUAUAUUUUCCCUGGAUUUAGUUUGGGUUUGGUCAUCUCUGGUGCAAUUCAUGUACAUGAUGAAAUGCUUCUUGUAACAACAGAGGCUUUGGCUGAGCAAGUAAAAAACAAGAAUUUAGACAAGGGUUUGAUCUAUCCACCAUUCUGUAAUAUCAGAAAGAUCUCUGGCUACAUUGCUGCUAAUGUGGCUGCUAAAGCAUAUGAACUUGGGUUGGCAACGCGUCUCCCUCGGUGUGAUAAUCUGUUGAAGCACGCCAAAAGCUGCAUGUAUACUCCUAAUUACAGAAGCUUCCGAUGAAUUGUUGAAUUGUGAGCAGAAACUAUGGCUAGUAGUUAAUGUAGUGUGUUUCUUCAGAGUCUGUUAUAUAUUCUUGUUUGGUGUUUCUCCUUUUCCCUCUACAUUCCAAUCAUGGUGUUUCGGAACUUUUGUGGUGAUGUAAGCUUUAGAGUUUAUAUUAGAACCAUGACAGUAAGAGUCGGGUUGGAUGAAAGGUUGGUUUUAGAUGAAACAUUAUCAACUUCAAUCUCUACUCGCUACUCACUACCUGUUUAGUACUCUCUGUGAAGUCACAAAAGCUGUGGAAAUAUGGAGAAAUUCAGACUUACCUGUGAAGCAUCCGAUGCGGUGGUACUUGUAGAAUCAACCACUUGCCUCAAUUAAGGAUUUGGAAUGCGAAGCUUGUCAUUCUCAAGAUGUAUUACUAACUUUCAUGCUAAGCUUCACUUGAAUCAUAUGAUAGAGAGAGUUCGAAACAGAA